AUGGCACCCCACCGUAUCUUCCCCGUAGUGCUCCUCUUAUUAGCAUACAGCGAAUUUAUAUUAGCCCAUUUCGAGCUGCCGACCCUGACCGUUCAGUACAGCCAGAAAUAUUUGCACAGGAGUGCCCCCACCGUUCUCACGUGCGAGCUUUCGAUCGGCUGGUCCUCGGCUACCUUCCGGAAUAUAGAUUGGCAACUAGAUGGCGUGACGCUAGGCAGCAUCAAAGAAUUGAACGGAUAUUAUUUUGUUGAGGGCGGAAACUUGCAUCUUAAUACCUCGAAAGAAGCGGCUGAAGGGAAUUACCAAUGCCUGGCCGAGUUGACGAACGUCAGGUUGAGAACCGGAGAAAUUGUGGAUGUUCGAAUUAUUUCGCCACCACUUUUUGUGCGGAAGGCGAGGAUGACGAAGUUUAUCGACACAAUUCAGCAUGUGGUUCAAGCUCGCCAAGGCGAAGUGGCUCGAUUGCCGUGCGUUGGGAUGCCGGAUGUAUUACCAAGUCCAGCCCAAGUUUGCUUUGAGAAAGUUGGAGGUGAUGGGCGGUGUUUUGGAGAUCGAAACGAGCGAGAUGAGGCGAAAUACAUGUCGUUUCCCACCGGACUACAAAUUGCCUUGGUGCAGCCGGGUGAUGCUGGAGAAUACAUUUGUGUCGUUAAAAACACCUACACUAAUGCCAGCCGGAAGAGCAAUAAGGCUGUGAUAUUGAGUGUGACGCCUUCUGCCCCACUCAGCAUCACCGACACCCCAAAGUUCAAACCACAACUCCUCUACCCUGGAAAGGGCGAAAACAUCGUAGAUGUUCGCGUGGGCCAAGACGUCAUCUUAGAAUGUGUCUUCUCAAAACACACAAAAGUGAUUUGGAAAAGGAACAAUGAAGAACUCCCCGGUCUAAACCAUGACGACGAGUACAAGCCGUUCAAACUCAUCUGGGGAAACCUCCGCAUCAAGAACGUUAGCCAGGGCGAUGUUGGGGUGUAUUCUUGCCAUGGACUCAACCCGUUGGCUGAUGACGCCACCGAGCGAACCCCAACGGCUCACUACAAAAUGCUGGUUUAUGGUGCAACCGGCGCCAGAAUGGACAUUGAAAAUACUAGAGGAAACGAUCGAAAAGUAUUGGUAUCAUGCACUGCGGAUAAUCAACACUACGAACUUCCGAUGCUCUAUGUAAAUGGUACCCCAUUGGCCUCGAUCAUCGACAAAGUCGGAACCGUCGAAUCGAAGAAUUUCAUGAGCAACCCUCUGAAUAUGUCCAUUGAAUUCUUUGCCAAUUUUUCUGGCAGCAUCCAGUGCCUAUCCCACCCAGCCAUGCGUGAAGCCGAGAUUUUUGGACCUGGAUUGGAACGAGGGCGAAGCGCAAAUUACUAUGUUGUCAGAACCGGGCCGGGCGGAGUUUCUACAGAACUGAUCAGCCAGGGCCCUUCCAACGCUACUGUAAUUUCUGGAGAACGGGUCGAACUUCCUUGUAUUGUCAACAGAGGAGGCUCGAAAUAUUGGAAAUUUUUAUGUCCGACAUGUAAUACGCCGACGCUCGUAAAAAUUAUUGGGUCAAAAAUGCGAAUUACCGGCUCGAAUACCUUGAGAAUCGAAGAUGCACAACCUGAAGAUGAGGGAUGGUACACAUGUAUCGUCCGCGAAUCUCAUACAAAUAAAGAAAGCACGUUAACGGCUUAUCUUCGAGUUAUUGACAAAGAUGCGACAACGACAACGAUGGCACCAGAACCGAUCGAAGUCCUCGAAUUCGAAAACAUGAACGUAUUCAUCAAUAAACUGCACGUUCGUGUAAUGUGGGACGUUGCUGGGACCGACAAGGCAAAGGAAAGCAUCAAGAAGAUCUUGGUGGAUGUUCGUCGAAAGGAUGGUCCCUGGAUUCUGGAUGCUGCCACGGUGGAUGGGCAAGCAACAGCAGCAAUGUUGACUGAUUUAAUUCCCAAUGAGUCGUAUAUCUAUCGACUGCGAGCUAUUCGGAAAAAUGGCUCUGAAAUUGCCAGUCGGGAGUCUAGACCAUUUGAUCUGGAGAUGCCAGAUGGAGCUGUGAAGCCGGAUGCGCCUACGAUAACAAGCCUGGAGCCGGUCUCUGGAACGACACUGCUGCUGAAAUGGGAUCAUAAGGCGGUAAUUCCGAACGCCGCCGCCGACGAGUUUCUCAUCGUUUAUCGACCGGAUGGAGAAGAGACGGCGACUGUGAAACAAGUGACCGGCAGCUCUUCCCUGCUCUACCUGAAAGGCCUGAAGCCGCUCACCGAAUACACGAUAUUUAUUCGAGCUCAAAACGAAGCCGGAAACAGUCCACAGAGCAAGGCCAUCACAGCAACUACCCUCGAUUCCACCAUGGAGAACGGCCUGUUCCACUCCAUAAUGCAAGGAGUAAACCAAAUGGCCCCGGGCCUCACCAUAACCGCAGUUCUCAUAAUCUUUGGUGUCGCUAUCGUGACAAUGACGUGUCUCCUCAUCACCUGCGUCUGCUGCUGCAACCGAAAAAGCAAAAAGGAAAAGAAGAUGAAGACAACUCCAACCGGGAAGUAUCUGGAUACUUCAUACCGUAUCUUCAACGAACAGAAAGCGCAGAAACCAUCGAAGGGGGAGCACUACGUGAAUGAACAUGUUGAUGAAUCUUCACCGCUUAAAGGACUAUCCGGAAUGGGCAACCACGAAAUGUCAAUGCCAAACCUUUAUGGUGAUGUUGUGGCACAUGACCAAGACGCCGAGUACGAACCACACCUCCACUACCCUGCCUCUGAGAAUAAUUACGUCAACACUGGGACCUUGAAUCGCAGCGGUAUCUACGACACAACCCCUACCGCACGGUACUUCUGCCCGGAAAAUGGGACAACGCAGGAAAGAGUGGUGAAGAAGCGCGGCUACUCCUUCCCAACCCCUCUCACCCAACCUCUCCUUCCGGUUCUAUCGACACCUGAACAGAUUAUUGGCUUCGACAACCCCGACGCCCUUCUGUUUUCGCCACCUGAUGCGGCUUCAAAUAGCCUCGGCGGUUCCUCUGAACCGCAAACGGCUACCACUUGCGACAGUCCGCCGCAUCCAUUCGGCGGCAGCGUAAGCGGUAGUGAUCAAGGCCCCCGUAACGGUGGCUACUCCUCUCGCGGCAGCGAGCUCUCCACCGAGGGCAACAAGCUGCACACCUUCAAGCCCAUCACAAACCCCAACACCACCUCUUUCACAAGCACUUUUGACAAAAGAAUUCAAGAAAGCUCCUUCACCAAAAAUGAACUGAAAUACCUAUACCAAUGCUUUAAACAAAACUGUCCCUCCGGUUAUGUCACUCGGGCUGAAUUUGUAGCAAUAUUCCAUCCAUCUGCAUAUGCUAAUCUGGUUUUCGACACUUUUGAUGAUGACAACAAUGGUAGAUUGAGUUUUUCGGAAUUUGUGCAAGAAUUGUCAAUGUUCAGCAAAGGGACUAUAGAAGAGCGGUUGGAUUGGGUUUUUGAUUUGUAUGAUACACAUCGAAGGGAAUAUCUGACUGAAGAUGAUUUUCAAAAAGUUGCAAUAGCAAUGUAUGGUAUGGUCGGAAUACAUUAUUGGAAAGACAAGCAUAUCCCCGUUGACCUACGUCGUUUGUUGAAAAAUCAGUUUCAGAAACUGGAUACAAACAGUGAUGGCAGAAUCACUCGAGCUGAAUUUAUCGAAGGAUGUUUGAAAAGUCAAGAUCUUCUGGUAUCCAUCGACAAUCUAAAGGUCUAUUGG